AUGCUGCGCACACCCGCCGCCAGCGCUGUCUCUUCCCUCUUGACUAGACAAUCCGCUGCUUUCCUCCCCAAACCUCAGACGACUCUCCAGUGCCUCUCCCGCACAUCUGCCCCGCGCCCCAAGCUCGUAAACCAGUCCCCAGCCCAGAAGACUACAGCCCGCCCCAUCGCAACCAUGUCUGCCACUCCCCUCCUCGAGCUCAUCAAGGCCCGCCGCAGCUACUACCCGCUGUCCAAGGACCUGCCCAUCUCCAAGGAGCGCAUCUCCGAGAUCGUCAAGGAGGCCACCCUGCACGUGCCCAGCUCCUUCAACGCCCAGCCCACCCGCGUCGUCGUGCUGUUCGGCGCCGAGCACGAGAAGCUCUGGGACAUCACCAUCGAGGUCCUGAAGGGCAUCGUCCCCGAGGACAGCUGGAAGGCCACCGGCGAUAAGCUGAACAUGUUCAAGGCCUCCGGCGGCUCCGUCCUGUUCUUCGACGACGAGGAGACCGUCAAGGGCCAGCAGACUGCCUUCCCCCUCUACAGCGACCGCUUCCAGCCCUGGGCCACCCAGGCCAACGGCAUGCUGCAGCACACCGUCUGGGUGGCCCUGGAGGCCGAGGGCCUGGGCGCCAACCUGCAGCACUACAACCCCCUGAUCGACCAGAAGGUCGCCGCCCAGUGGGGCCUGCCCGCCAGCUGGAAGCUCAACGCCCAGCUCGUCUUUGGCGGCAAGACCGGCGAGGCCGGCGAGAAGAGCUUUAUCCCCGUCGACGACCGCGUCAAGGUCUUCGGUGCUUAA